AUGCACGUUACCCCUGUCCUUUUAUCCUCAUGCCUUCUAAUCGUCUUCCUUAUCCUCCUAUACCCAGUUUUGACGACCCUCUCACCCACUCCCCACACCCCUGACUGAGCCGUACUAAAAGUUAAAACAGCCGUCAAACUAGCAUUUUUUACUAGCCUUUUGCCUCUUUUCCUCUUCCUUGACCAAGGCGCAGAAACAAUUGUUACUGCCUGAACUUGGACCAAUACCCUAACAUUUGAUAUAAACAUUAGCUUCAAGUUUGACCUUUACUCAUGCAUCUUUGUACCUAUUGCCCUUUACGUAACCUGAUCUAUUCUAGAAUUCGCAUCCUGAUACAUACAUGCAGACAUUAAUAUGAACCGAUUUUUCAAGUACCUUUUAAUUUUCCUAAUCGCCAUGAUUGUUCUUGUAACAGCCAACAAUAUAUUUCAACUCUUCAUUGGAUGAGAAGGCGUAGGAAUCAUAUCAUUCCUUCUUAUCGGCUGAUGAUACGGCCGAAGCGAUGCCAACACAGCAGCCCUUCAGGCGGUCGUCUAUAACCGCGUUGGUGAUAUUGGCCUAAUUCUAACCAUGGCCUGAAUCGCAACAAACCUAAACUCUUGGGAAAUACAACAAAUCUUUACUGUAUCUAAGGAAUUUGACCUUACCUUACCACUCCUGGGGUUAAUCUUAGCUGCCACUGGGAAAUCUGCACAAUUUGGUCUUCAUCCAUGGCUUCCUUCCGCCAUGGAAGGUCCUACACCGGUCUCUGCCCUACUACACUCAAGCACCAUAGUUGUCGCGGGCAUCUUCCUCCUCAUUCGACUUAGUCCUUUAAUAGAAAAUAACCAAACGGCACUAACCACCUGUCUAUGUCUCGGAGCCCUAACAACCCUUUUUACCGCCACUUGCGCCCUCACCCAAAAUGACAUUAAAAAAAUUGUAGCUUUCUCAACAUCAAGCCAACUAGGCCUGAUGAUAGUAACCAUCGGCCUCAACCAGCCCCAAUUGGCCUUCCUCCAUAUUUGUACCCAUGCCUUUUUUAAAGCAAUGCUCUUCCUGUGUUCGGGAUCUAUUAUCCACAGCCUUAACGACGAGCAAGACAUCCGCAAAAUGGGUGGUAUACACCACCUAACCCCCUUUACAUCCUCCUGCCUAACCAUUGGAAGCCUUGCUUUAACAGGAACCCCCUUCCUAGCCGGCUUUUUCUCAAAAGACGCAAUCAUCGAAGCCCUUAACACAUCUUACCUUAACGCCUGAGCCCUUCUCCUUACCCUCCUUGCAACCUCUUUUACAGCGGUAUACAGCCUUCGAGUAGUUUACUUUGUCUCCAUGGGACACCCUCGGUUUAACCCUCUCUCCCCCAUUAAUGAAAAUAACCCCUCUGUAAUUAACCCUAUUAAACGCUUAGCGUGGGGGAGCAUUAUUGCGGGCCUUCUAAUUACCUCUAACAUCGUACCACAAAACACACCAGUUAUGACUAUGCACCCCCUUCUAAAGCUUGCGGCCCUUACAGUUACCAUCUUAGGCCUCCUGACUGCCCUUGAACUUGCCUCACUGACCUCCCAACAAUUUAAAGUUACACCCCACACCCCUACCCACCACUUCUCAAACAUAUUAGGAUUUUUCCCACAUAUUAUUCACCGCCUUCUUCCUAAACUUAAUCUUCUCUUAGGACAAGCCAUUGCUAGCCAAAUAGUGGACCAAACCUGACUAGAAAAAUCAGGACCCAAAGCAACUGCUUCUCUCAAUGCACCCCUCAUUACAACCACAAGCAAUAUCCAACGAGGCUUAGUAAAAACCUACCUCUCCCUAUUCUUUUUCACAGCCCUUCUAGCUGUUGCCAUCAUUUCAGUUUA